UUUUUAAUAUAAACCUUUUUAAAAUCGGAAAAAGAUGUCCACGGCUAUGAAUUUCGGGUCGAAGACUUUUAAACCUCGGCCUCCCGACAAGGGCUCGUUCCCACUGGAUCACUUAGGAGAGUGUAAAACCUUCAAGGAGGUGUUUAUGAAAUGCCUGAGAGACAACAGCUUUGACAGCUCCAAGUGCCGGCUGCAGUCCAAAGACUACCUGGAAUGCCGAAUGGACCAUCAGCUGAUGACCAAGGAGCCCCUGGAAAAACUGGGAUUCAGGGACCUGAUGGAUCCUCCUCCGAGCCAAGACGGUGGAGACGCUAAACCCUGAUCUGCUGCACCACCACAGCUGCUGUUUCCAAUAAUGUAAGGAUGGUGUUCCUGUGCCCUUAAUGAAUCAAACAAUUUAUUGUUCAUAGCUGACAACACAAGUCUGCAAAGCAUAUUAAAGGCAAAGACACCUGUCUGUGUGAAGCUGAGAAGAAUGGCUUCAAAGGCUUUGAGAUUGUGGGCCUGCAAGAGGACAUCCUGGUUUGGAUUGUGGCCUUAAUUUGAGGUUACAGACUACAAACUAAUGUAAUCAAUUCUUCUUUGUACAUAAGAAAAACAUGUAUAAUAUAUGGAGAUGCUGUUUUGGCAUGUCAAUAAAUAUUUUGUAUUUAAA